UCAUAUAUAGAUAUAUUUAUCACAUAUUACAGUGUUUAAAAAAAAGAAAAAAAACAAACAAAAGCAAUGCAAUAACGAGAGACACCCAAAACAAUGGUGGCUCCCUCUUCUUCUUCCAAAUCCCCACCUUCACCUUCUUCUUCUCCUCUCCAGCCACCACCAACCCAGUCCACCCAUUUCACUCCCAUUCAAGAAGAGAACGAGGAAGAAACCCCCGUCAGUAGUACGACGGCGUGUACGGACAAGGGGACGAGUAGUGCUACUCCGAAGCACCACCCGACGCCUCUUCACAGAAACGGUAAGAGUGGCGUUGGCGGUGGAUCGAAGAAGCAGCAGCAGCAGAUGCAAAACGACAACGCGUCGGUGUCGUGCAACAAGUGCCGACCGAAUUCGAGGGAGAAGAUCUCCGUCGUUCCGGUGGAUAGCAACGGCGGCGGAGGAGUUCACAAGCAUGGGUUGUCGUCGAUGGCGAGUCCGAACGGGAUUUUCAAGUCCAUAAUCUCGUCGCUGACGAGGAAUAUUAAGAGUCCCAAGCCGUCGAGCGGCGGGGCGGCGGAUUCCUCGGCGACGGCGGCGAGGGAGGAGCAGUGGAAACUCGCGGUGGCGGAGCUCUCUCACAAACUGAUUCAGGCGACGAAGAAGAGAGACGAAGCGGUUCUGGAAGCUUCGAGGCUUAAAUACUCCAUGGCCGAGCUGGAGAAAAAGCUCAACAAGCUCGAAAUCUACUGCCAUGGCUUGAAAUCCGGCCUCGACGAAUGCAGCGGCAACUCGAACAAUAUUUCCUCGCCGUACAGAAAACGACAUCACCAUAAUCCGAUUCCGAGCUCCAACGAGAAGGAAAUCGUGGAGAGCUUCCUCGUCGCCGUCGCCGAAUCCCGGACCGCCGUCCGCCUCCUCAGCCGCUCCCUCACGGCGCAGCUCCGCCACAUGGGAGCCAAAAUCCACGACCGAAUCGCCGUCCUCCUCCAACCGUACGACGUCAAAAUCUCCGGCCUCUCGAAAAACCCUAGGACCUUGCUCUUCUUCCUCGAGGCUCUUCUCAAUCGCGCCUUCUUCGAGGACUUCGAGUCCUCCGGCUUCCACCGGAGCUCCGCCGCGCAAAUCCUCGACCCGGUGGAGCGCUGCGACGCCAAUGCGGCGUCGUUUCGGCUCCUCAAGGGCUUGACCUGGGAAGAGGUUCUCAGCAAAGGGACGAGGCAUUUCAGCGAGGAUUUCAGCAGGUUCUGCGACAGGAAGAUGAGCGAGAUCGUUGCGAUGCUGGGAUGGAACCGCGCGUGGCCAGAACCGCUUUUGCAGGCCUUUUUCGGCGCGUCAAAGAGCGUGUGGCUGGUUCAUCUCCUGGCCAACUCGGUCCACCCCGGUCUGACCGUUUUCCGGGUAGAUAAAGAAGCCGGGUUUGAUCCGGUUUAUAUGGAGGAUAUGGCUGGUGAUAAGGCCAGAAAUCUGGUCCCGUCCAUUGUCCGAAUGAUGGUCGCACCCGGGUUCUAUGUGUUUGGAAGUGUGGUUAAGUGCAAGGUGCUUUGCAGGUACUACAACAACGAGUACGGAAGUGGUAAUGGUUAUAAUACCAAGAGCUUAAUCUCCUCAUCACCUUAGGACUCCCAAAGAAAAUGGAAACCCAUUUUAAUACUUAGCUGUUUUAUAGUAUAUGGAUACUAGUUUUUUGGGUGCUACUUGAUUCAUUUCAAUGUGUCACUGAUGAUGAUUAUGUGCUUAAUGUGGUUUUGGGGGAUUGUGUCGAUAACAAAGAAAAUUGGGAAGGAGUUCAAAAGGGGAAAUUGGCAUUUUGUUCAACUGGCUUUUGUUUUAUUCCCUGUCUAGUCAAUUUCAAAGCCUUCAUAUUCUCUUACGAUUUUGGAUACUAGUGUUGUUUUUUUUAAAGGACCAACUAAUGUAUAUAUAUGUUAUUC